AUGCGUGAGCUCACUGCAGCAACGCGUGAGCUCACUGCAGCAACGCGUGAGCUCACUGCAGCAACGCGUGAGCUCACUGCAGCAACGCGUGAGCUCACUGCAGCAACGCGUGAGCUCACUGCAGCAACGCGUGAGCUCACUGCAGCAACGCGUGAGCUCACUGCAGCAACGCGUGAGCUCACUGCAGCAACGCGUGAGCUCACUGCAGCAACGCGUGAGCUCACUGCAGCAACGCGUGAGCUCACUGCAGCAACGCGUGAGCUCACUGCAGCAAGGCGUGAGCUCACUGCAGCAACGCGUGAGCUCACUGCAGCAACGCGUGAGCUCACUGCAGCAACGCGUGAGCUCACUGCAGCAACGCGUGAGCUCACUGCAGCAACGCGUGAGCUCACUGCAGCAAGGCGUGAGCUCACUGCAGCAACGCGUGAGCUCACUGCAGCAACGCGUGAGCUCAUUGCAGCAAGGCGUGAGCUCACUGCAGCAACGCGUGAGCUCACUGCAGCAACGCGUGAGCUCACUGCAGCAAGGCGUGAGCUCACUGCAGCAACGCGUGAGCUCACUGCAGCAACGCGUGAGCUCACUGCAGCAACGCGUGAGCUCACUGCAGCAACGCGUGAGCUCACUGCAGCAACGCGUGAGCUCACUGCAGCAACGCGUGAGCUCACUGCAGCAACGCGUGAGCUCACUGCAGCAACGCGUGAGCUCACUGCAGCAACGCGUGAGCUCACUGCAGCAACGCGUGAGCUCACUGCAGCAACGCGUGAGCUCACUGCAGCAACGCGUGAGCUCACUGCAGCAACGCGUGAGCUCACUGCAGCAAGGCGUGAGCUCACUGCAGCAAGGCGUGAGCUCACUGCAGCAAGGCGUGAGCUCACUGCAGCAACGCGUGAGCUCACUGCAGCAACGCGUGAGCUCACUGCAGCAACGCGUGAGCUCACUGCAGCAACGCGUGAGCUCACUGCAGCAACGCGUGAGCUCACUGCAGCAACGCGUGAGCUCACUGCAGCAAGGCGUGAGCUCACUGCAGCAACGCGUGAGCUCAUUGCAGCAAGGCGUGAGCUCACUGCAGCAAGGCGUGAGCUCACUGCAGCAACGCGUGAGCUCACUGCAGCAAGGCGUGAGCUCACUGCAGCAAGGCGUGAGCUCACUGCAGCAAGGCGUGAGCUCACUGCAGCAACGCGUGAGCUCACUGCAGCAACGCGUGAGCUCACUGCAGCAAGGCGUGAGCUCACUGCAGCAACGCGUGAGCUCACUGCAGCAAGGCGUGAGCUCACUGCAGCAACGCGUGAGCUCACUGCAGCAAGGCGUGAGCUCACUGCAGCAACGCGUGAGCUCACUGCAGCAACGCGUGAGCUCACUGCAGCAACGCGUGAGCUCACUGCAGCAACGCGUGAGCUCACUGCAGCAACGCGUGAGCUCACUGCAGCAACGCGUGAGCUCACUGCAGCAACGCGUGAGCUCACUGCAGCAACGCGUGAGCUCACUGCAGCAACGCGUGAGCUCACUGCAGCAACGCGUGAGCUCACUGCAGCAACGCGUGAGCUCACUGCAGCAACGCGUGAGCUCACUGCAGCAAGGCGUGAGCUCACUGCAGCAACGCGUGAGCUCACUGCAGCAACGCGUGAGCUCACUGCAGCAACGCGUGAGCUCACUGCAGCAACGCGUGAGCUCACUGCAGCAACGCGUGAGCUCACUGCAGCAACGCGUGAGCUCACUGCAGCAACGCGUGAGCUCACUGCAGCAACGCGUGAGCUCACUGCAGCAACGCGUGAGCUCACUGCAGCAACGCGUGAGCUCACUGCAGCAACGCGUGAGCUCACUGCAGCAACGCGUGAGCUCACUGCAGCAAGGCGUGAGCUCACUGCAGCAAGGCGUGAGCUCACUGCAGCAAGGCGUGAGCUCACUGCAGCAACGCGUGAGCUCACUGCAGCAACGCGUGAGCUCACUGCAGCAACGCGUGAGCUCACUGCAGCAAGGCGUGAGCUCACUGCAGCAACGCGUGAGCUCACUGCAGCAAGGCGUGAGCUCACUGCAGCAAGGCGUGAGCUCACUGCAGCAACGCGUGAGCUCAUUGCAGCAAGGCGUGAGCUCACUGCAGCAACGCGUGAGCUCACUGCAGCAACGCGUGAGCUCACUGCAGCAAGGCGUGAGCUCACUGCAGCAACGCGUGAGCUCACUGCAGCAAUGCGUGAGCUCACUGCAGCAACGCGUGAGCUCACUGCAGCAACGCGUGAGCUCACUGCAGCAAGGCGUGAGCUCACUGCAGCAACGCAUGAGCUCACUGCAGCAACGCGUGAGCUCACUGCAGCAACGCGUGAGCUCACUGCAGCAACGCGUGAGCUCACUGCAGCAACGCGUGAGCUCACUGCAGCAACGCGUGAGCUCACUGCAGCAAGGCGUGAGCUCACUGCAGCAACGCGUGAGCUCACUGCAGCAAGGCGUGAGCUCACUGCAGCAACGUGUGAGCUCACUGCAGCAACGCGUGAGCUCACUGCAGCAACGCGUGAGCUCACUGCAGCAACGCGUGAGCUCACUGCAGCAACGCGUGAGCUCACUGCAGCAACAAGUGAGCUCACUGCAGCAACGCGUGAGCUCACUGCAGCAACGCGUGAGCUCACUGCAGCAACGCGUGAGCUCACUGCAGCAACGCGUGAGCUCACUGCAGCAACGCGUGAGCUCACUGCAGCAACGCGUGAGCUCACUGCAGCAAGGCGUGAGCUCACUGCAGCAAGGCGUGAGCUCACUGCAGCAACGCAUGAGCUCACUGCAGCAAGGCGUGAGCUCACUGCAGCAAGGCGUGAGCUCACUGCAGCAAGGCGUGAGCUCACUGCAGCAACGCGUGAGCUCACUGCAGCAACGCGUGAGCUCACUGCAGCAACAAGUGAGCUCACUGCAGCAAGGCGUGAGCUCACUGCAGCAACGCGUGAGCUCACUGCAGCAACGCGUGAGCUCACUGCAGCAACGCGUGAGCUCACUGCAGCAAGGCGUGAGCUCACUGCAGCAACGCGUGAGCUCACUGCAGCAACGCGUGAGCUCACUGCAGCAAGGCGUGAGCUCACUGCAGCAAGGCGUGAGCUCACUGCAGCAAGGCGUGAGCUCACUGCAGCAACGCGUGAGCUCAUUGCAGCAAGGCGUGAGCUCACUGCAGCAACAAGUGAGCUCACUGCAGCAACGCGUGAGCUCACUGCAGCAAGGCGUGAGCUCACUGCAGCAACGCGUGAGCUCACUGCAGCAACGCGUGAGCUCACUGCAGCAAGGCGUGAGCUCACUGCAGCAAGGCGUGAGCUCACUGCAGCAAGGCGUGAGCUCAUUGCAGCAACGCGUGAGCUCACUGCAGCAACGCGUGAGCUCACUGCAGCAACGCGUGAGCUCACUGCAGCAACGCGUGAGCUCACUGCAGCAAGGCGUGAGCUCGCUGCAGCAACGCGUGAGCUCACUGCAGCAACGCGUGAGCUCACUGCAGCAACAAGUGAGCUCACUGCAGCAACGCGUGAGCUCACUGCAGCAAGGCGUGAGCUCACUGCAGCAACGCGUGAGCUCACUGCAGCAACGCGUGAGCUCACUGCAGCAAGGCGUGAGCUCACUGCAGCAAGGCGUGAGCUCACUGCAGCAAGGCGUGAGCUCAUUGCAGCAACGCGUGAGCUCACUGCAGCAACGCGUGAGCUCACUGCAGCAACGCGUGAGCUCACUGCAGCAACGCGUGAGCUCACUGCAGCAACGCGUGAGCUCACUGCAGCAAGGCGUGAGCUCACUGCAGCAACGCGUGAGCUCACUGCAGCAACGCGUGAGCUCACUGCAGCAAGGCGUGAGCUCACUGCAGCAAGGCGUGAGCUCACUGCAGCAAGGCGUGAGCUCAUUGCAGCAACGCGUGAGCUCACUGCAGCAACGCGUGAGCUCACUGCAGCAACGCGUGAGCUCACUGCAGCAAGGCGUGAGCUCACUGCAGCAACGCGUGAGCUCACUGCAGCAAGGCGUGAGCUCACUGCAGCAAGGCGUGAGCUCACUGCAGCAAGGCGUGAGCUCACUGCAGCAAGGCGUGAGCUCACUGCAGCAACGCGUGAGCUCACUGCAGCAACAAGUGAGCUCACUGCAGCAAGGCGUGAGCUCACUGCAGCAACGCGUGAGCUCAUUGCAGCAAGGCGUGAGCUCACUGCAGCAACGCGUGAGCUCACUGCAGCAACGCGUGAGCUCACUGCAGCAACGCGUGAGCUCACUGCAGCAACGCGUGAGCUCACUGCAGCAACGCGUGAGCUCACUGCAGCAAGGCGUGAGCUCACUGCAGCAACGCGUGAGCUCACUGCAGCAAGGCGUGAGCUCACUGCAGCAAGGCGUGAGCUCACUGCAGCAACGCGUGAGCUCACUGCAGCAACGCGUGAGCUCACUGCAGCAACGCGUGAGCGUGCGCAACGAUUUGACAGCGCACUGCCGCAACAAGGCUGCCGCAGGAAUUUGCCAGCGCCUCAAAAAAGGCAGCAGCGCACAAGCCGCCAGCACGCAACAACGUGCCAGCGAGCUGCGAGGGCACCUGCAAGGCGCCAAACAUAA